UUCACUAUAUAUCCCAUUUUAGAAAUAAGACAUUAGAGUGAGAAACUUUCAAGAUGCUUCGGUCUUGUCUCAAGCAGUUGCAAAAGAAUCUAUCGAGUUUUGUUCACUCCAAUGAAGAUCAAGUACUGGAAGCAGUAACUUUGGUGCCAGAAGAUGUUAUGGAGGGUCAUUUUGCUGUUCUUGCCAUCAAGGGUGAAGAUACAAGAAGGUUUAUUGUUAAGUUAGACUACUUGACUGAUCCUAUGUUCAUGGAACUACUGAACCAAGCUCGAGAGGAGUAUGGUUUCAAACAAAAGGGAGCACUUGCAGUCCCUUGCAGGCCUCAGGAAUUACAGAACAUUCUAGAUGGCCCAAGAGCCAAAGCUGAAAGGUCAUUUGUGGAUGGGGGCGACAUGUUUCACCUUCCAAAUGUAUUAAGGCCCCUCAGCAGAAGCAAGUUUCUUCAUGGCAUUGUGAGCUUUAUAAACAUCAGACUUUAUAUUAAAAAGAUCAUAUAUUUAUCGAAAAAACAAUAAACAAAACAAAUGCAGAACCUCCCUUGCAAGAACGAUUUGUUAAGACAUGUUUUGUUUAUUACUGAGGGAAUAAUCAUGAAGAAAAAAAAUGGAAGAGUCGUGUAUGUAAUGAUUGUACGUAUAUAUCGUAUUUAAUUCCUGAAAAAAAAGACAUUAUGUAAUUAAGACUGUAUAAUUCAUCUUAUGUGGGAUGAAAGCUAGAGAAUCACUCUAGUUUGAGUAUAAAUAAGAGAUUUUCCUUGUACUUAUCAUUGUCACGAGAAAUAAUAAGAUACGCACU